AUGGAGUUUCCCGAGAGAACUUAUCUUGUGAAUGAUAAAGCCACCAAGAUGUACGCCUUCACACUGGACAGUGUGGAACUCCAGCCGAAACCUGUGAAUAAAGACCAAUGUCCUGGAGAAGGGCCCGAGGGGCUGGAGUCAGGAGGCUACCAUUGCCAUAGCAACUCCAAGGCUGUGGAGGACAGAGUGAAUGAGAAGACCCAUGCCAAGUGGAAGCUCUGUGCUGCGUCAGUGAUAUGCUUUGUGUUCAUGAUUGCAGAGGUCAUGGGUGGGCACAUCGCCGGGAGUCUCGCUGUUGUCACGGAUGCCGCCCACCUCCUAAUUGACCUGACCAGUUUCCUGCUCAGCCUCUUCUCCCUGUGGCUGUCAUCGAAGCCACCAUCCAAGCAGCUGACGUUUGGAUGGCACCGAGCAGAGAUCUUUGGUGCCCUGCUGUCCGUCCUGUGCAUCUGGGUAGUGACUGGCGUGUUGGUGUACCUUGCGUAUGACCGUCUGCUGCACCCCAAUUAUCAAAUCCAGGCAACCGUGAUGAUUAUCGUCUCGGCCUGUGCAGUGGCAGCCAACAUUGUAAUAACUAUGGUUUUACACCAACGAUGCCUUGGUCACAGUCACAAGGAAGGGCAAGCAAAUGCCAGUGUCAGAGCAGCUUUUAUACAUGCCCUUGGAGAUCUAUUUCAGAGCUUCAGUGUGCUGAUCAGCGCACUUAUUAUCUACUUUAAACCAGACUACAAAAUAGCCGACCCAAUCUGCACAUUUAUCUUUUCCAUCCUGGUUUUGGCCAGCACCAUCACGAUCUUAAAGGACUUUUCCAUCUUGCUUAUGGAAGGUGUGCCGAAGGGCUUGAAUUAUGAUGGUGUGAAAGAGCUCAUCCUGGCUGUCGAUGGGGUGGUGUCAGUGCACAGCCUGCACAUCUGGUCUCUAACAAUGAACCAAGUCAUUCUCUCGGCUCAUGUUGCUGCAGCAGCCAGCCGGGACAGCAGCAUUGUUCGAAGAGAGAUUGCUAGAGCCCUCAGCAAAAGCUUUACCGUACACUCCCUCACCAUUCAGAUGGAGUCCCCAGCUGACCAGGACCCUGACUGCCUUUUCUGUGAAGACCCCCGUGACUAG